CCCAUUUUAUCUUCUAUAUAUAAUCGAGUUUAGGGUAACGGCGGCAAUGCAUCGAAGGCGAAAACUAGGGUUCUAUAUUUUCCCGGAUCAAAACCUAGCGCCUCCAAACCGCCGCCCCCUUCGUCGCCACCGCCACCGCCACCAUGUCGAGAAGGAAGACCAGGGAGACCAAAGAGGAAAAUGUGACACUUGGACCAACAGUUCGAGAAGGAGAGCAUGCGUUUGGUGUGGCUCACAUUUUUGCAUCAUUCAACGAUACUUUCAUUCAUGUUACUGAUUUGUCUGGGAGAGAAACAAUUGUUCGCAUCACUGGUGGCAUGAAGGUUAAAGCUGACAGGGAUGAAUCAUCUCCUUAUGCAGCCAUGCUUGCAGCACAAGAUGUUGCUCAGCGGUGCAAGGAAUUGGGCAUUACUGCUCUUCAUAUUAAGCUUCGAGCCACUGGUGGGAAUAAGACAAAGACUCCUGGACCUGGUGCUCAGUCAGCCCUUAGAGCCUUGGCUCGUUCUGGAAUGAAAAUCGGGCGUAUUGAGGACGUGACCCCCAUCCCCACUGACAGCACGCGCAGAAAGGGUGGGAGAAGAGGGAGGAGGCUGUAACUUAUCUUCACGUCUGUUACAGAGCAGCCACGGCUCUCUACCACUGGCCAGACAAUUCCUCGUAUUUUUGGGUUCAGUUUUGUAGUUUUCUUAAUGUUUAUCAGGAAUGUUGAUUUAUUUGAUGAAUUCAUCAUGAAUCAUCGGAUGAUACCGCUGUGAUUUGUUUAGUAGAUAUUUUGCAUUUUGUUUUAGGAUCAUUGGAGAUGCCGAACACCUUUGCGAACUUGAUCUUAAUGCUUUGCUUCUUGUUAUAAGUUCUUCCAUUUAGCUUUAUCUAGUAUGCAUGGAUUCGGUGAAGCAUAAGCAGAUUAUGAGGUUCAUUAUUUGGAUGUGUUAUUUUGUACGAGGGUUUACCAUUCAGAUUUUUAUUAGUCAGUGGGUUUGCUUAUUAUGUUGCAAAUGUAACUCCUGUGGUACUAAUUUUCUAGUUCUACACUAGUGAGAACUAAAUGUAAUAAUAUCAUUCGGUUUGGACA